UGUGUGUGUGUGUGUUGUCAGGAGUCUGGUCUGUCUCUGUGGCUUGGAGGUCACAUGACUCCUCUCCAGUCGUUCCCUCCCUGGAUCAUCUCUGUCAUCAUCUGUCUCCUCGUCGCCUCCUUCACUGAGUGUGCCAGCAACGUCGCCACGGCAACCCUCUUCCUGCCCAUCCUGGCCUCCAUGGCUCAGUCGAUGGGUUUGAACCCUCUGUACGUGAUGAUCCCGUGCACCCUCAGCGCCUCCUUCGCCUUCAUGCUGCCAGUGGCCACGCCUCCCAACGCCAUUGUCUUCUCCUAUGGGCUCCUCAAGGUGUCCGACAUGGCUAAAACAGGCGUGGUGAUGAACAUCAUCGGGAUCGGCUGCAUUAGUCUGGCGAUCAACAGUUGGGGUCGCGUCUUGUUUUCUCUGGAAUCUUUCCCGUCGUGGGCCAACGUCACCGCACCCGUGUAGAAGCACCUGAGAGAGAACGGCCCGCUGUUUCCAAAACUCUGACUCUGUUGGUCCUGCAGCUUGUGACGCUGCGUCUGAGCCACCGGAGGCAGCGUCCGUGUCUCAACGCUGAUCGAAAGCAUGUUUCUAAAAUCCUGACGUUAUUGUCGCCUGCUGAACGUCAACUGACCGGUUUCUACCGAUAAAGAAACAUCGUAGAUUCUUUACUAAAACACAGGAUCAACAUAAUUUUAAAAGAUUCACCUCAAUUAACUAACUGAUAAAAGACGUUUCUGUAACAAAUGUCUAACACAGAUUUAAAGGUGGAACAUUUCCACUCACCCUCAACCAUAAAGAUGGACGACAUGACAGGUCCACAAGCAUCUUGAUCGCCACCUGGUGGCUGGCUGCAGUUAUUGGUCAUAAAGCCUACCUCAUCCACGUUAGCAAGAGAUGGACCACACUAAACAGGUUCCCGGACGAUAAGUGACAUCAUCACCACAAGAUGGCAGUGUUUCUAUCUGAGAUAUUUUGACUUCGUCUCUGGAGGAAGUGGAGACGUGUCGUCGUCUUGAUUUCAAUUCUGUGAUUCUGUCUCAUUCACACGCACAGGAAGUGGAGGGACGAUUUCCUCUGAACCACUGGAAAGAUUUAAAUGUGAAACAUCUGUGAAGAAACAUUUGAUAUAUUUUCUGUUUGUUUGAAUUUUCCAUUUCUAUAAAA